UUUCCGGUCUGUGAUGAUUCGAUCAGGGAGAAAAUUCAAUCAGAAAUAUUCGUUGAUCGAUUUAUAGAAAACAAAGGGUUCAUAUAACCUGAGUCUGACCAAUCACAGCGAGGCUCUUCUUGUGACGUCGCUUCUGUACUUUCGGGACGACGGUGAGAGAGUUCAGUUCGUGAGAGAUCAUCGGAGCGCGCGGACAGACAAUGUUGUGUGUUGUGGUGUGUGUGCUCUUCCUCUCUGGUCUCGUGCACAGUGGACCGACUCAGCUCCACCGAUGCUCUGGGAUCCCACAUCUGGAGCUGGACCCUGAAGUUCACAUGAACAUUACAGAGAUCAUCAGACGGUGGAGUUACCCUGCAGAGGAACACGAGGUUCUGACGGAGGACGGGUUCAUCCUGAUGGUGAACAGGAUCCCAAACGGAUUGAAACACGCUGCAGGCUCGAGGCCGGCGGUCUUGCUCCAGCAUGGCCUCCUCGCCGCCGGAAGUAACUGGAUCACCAACCCGCCAAACUCCAGUUUGGGAUACGUGCUGGCGGACGCCGGGUACGACGUUUGGCUCGGAAACAGCCGAGGAAACACGUGGUCCAGGAAACACCGGACGUUACGACCAGACCAGGACGAGUUCUGGAGGUUCAGUCAUGAUGAAAUGGCUCUGAAGGAUCUUCCCGCUGUUGUAAACUACAUCCUGAAGGUGACGGGACAAGAACAGAUCUACUACAUCGGCCACUCUCAAGGAACCACUAUAGCAUUCAUGGCGUUCUCCACGCUCCCUGAACUGGCAAGUAAGAUAAGACUGUUCAUCGGUUUGGCCCCCGUUGCGACCGUCGCUUUCACCAGCAGCCCCAUGACCAAACUGUCCGUCCUGCCAGAGUCAGUCAUCUGGGCUUUGUUUGGUAGUCAGAACUUCCUGCCUCAGAGUCACAUGAUCGAGUGGUUUGCUGAGCACGUGUGUGGGAAGCAGCCGCUCAGUGAGCUGUGUGGAAACCUCUUCUUCAUCCUUUGUGGCUUUGAUGAGAAAAACCUCAACAUGACUCGGACUCCGGUUUACACAACACACUGUCCUGCUGGGACUUCAGUCCAGAACAUGGUGCACUGGGCCCAGGUAACACACACAC